CGCGUCACAAUCUGCAUCUAUUUGCAGUGUGAUGCCCAGUGUGAGCCGUGUUUCUGUCUGGCGAAAGAAUUCAGUCUUUCACCUUUAGGCUGAGCUUCUGCACUAGUCUAAAGCGUUUCUACGACCUUAAGCACUGCUACAUUGUUGUUACCUGAUAUCUACCCGCCGCUGAACAUGGCCACCAGCGCUAAGAAGCCCUCUCUGGGGGCCAUGGCCCCUCGGAAAAAGGCGAGCCCCAAACCCGAGUUGACGGAGGAGCUACGUCAGGAAAUCCGGGAGGCCUUCGAGCUCUUCGACACAGACGGCUCCGGGUACAUCGACGUGAAAGAACUCAAGGUUGCUAUGAGAGCGCUGGGGUUUGAGCCCAAAAAAGAGGAGAUCAAAAGGAUGAUCGGCGAGGUCGACAAGGAGGGCACUGGAAAGAUCGACUUCAAUGACUUCCUGACAGUCAUGACACAGAAAAUGGCUGAGAAGGACUCCAAGGAGGAAAUUCUUAAAGCCUUCCGCCUGUUUGACGAUGAUGAGACGGGAAAGAUCUCCUUCCGCAACCUGAAGAGGGUGGCCAAGGAGCUGGGGGAGAACCUGACGGACGAGGAGCUGCAGGAGAUGAUCGACGAGGCUGACCGGGAUGGGGAUGGGGAGGUGAGCCAGCAGGAGUUUCUCCGCAUCAUGAAGAAGACCAGUUUGUACUAAUGGUGGGCAAAGGCAUGAGAAGGGGGCGGGGCAUGGGGACGGCGGGGCACAGCCAUUCUGCUCCCUCCCAGGGCACUGUAUAUGGAGUGUCCUAAGACACCUCCCAAAGUGUUCUCUUCACCCUUUGGGGGGUGUCACUCUGGGACCAAUAAUUACCUUUUUCGUGCGAUAUGCUAUGGUGAAAAGGAAGAAGCCUAACCUUUACCCACCAAAAAUCACCUGUUGAGGUUCUUGGUCGUGAGAUGAAUUUGACAACGGAAUUUAUUUUCCAGAUAGAGCCCUUUUUGAAAACGCAAUUUUAAGGGGUCCCUGGAGUCCGUACAAGUGUGUGUGUGUGUGUGUGUGUGUGUGUGUGUGUGUGUGUGGAGCUUUGCUUGGGUUCUGUACACACUGGGUUUACAGGUGAGCUGGAGGCGUAAGACGAAUCCGUGGAGAAACACAUGCAUGCAGAAGGCUGAGGAUUCAUGUGUCAAACGGUGGGUCUGCCUCGAGGGAAAAACCCCCGAAAGUGUGUGACGCGCCCUCCUCGCGCUGCUUUGCAGCACUUGGUGUGCGUUCUCAUUAAGGCGUGCGCGUUCAGGAUAGGGGUGUUAGUGGCAGCCGUCGCUCUUUCUGCUCUCCCAGCCGAGGAGCCUCGUUCAUCUCAUCGCAUCUCAGCCUUUGAGCCUCCAAAUGGAGGUGUCAAGCUGCUGCUUCUGUGGGUUUUCCUUGCGGGGUGUUUCGCUGCAGACGUGACGUACAGCCGAAGCUGCAGCCUUCUCCCGACCGUUGCUUUCUUCCACCGCCACUCAGUCGCGGUGAUGGUGAUGGCAACGGGUCCUUUUGGCUCACCUGUACCUGAACCAGUCCGUUGACCGAAUCCCUUCUUAUCCCGGCCCUAUAUUUCCGUAUGUUUCUAUAUUUCUGCUCCGUUGUGUACUGUAUGUUUUGUACUGAUGGAUUGCAUAUUCUAUUAAGGUAAAAAAGAGACUAAUAAAAGAUUUAAAGCU